AUGUCCAAAUCCCAAAAACCAGUUCGGCAGGAUUACAUCUCCAAGCCACGGUACAUCAACAACCUUCCACCUCCGCCACUAAACCCAAAGUUUCUCCAGUACAAUGUGACGGAAAAAGUGACGCCCCACCAAGAAAACGAAAACCUCAUGAGCUCGCUUUUCCGCAAAGAAAACUUCCUCCUGUUCAUGGCCCAGGUCGACGAAGAGUUUGGAAUGGCGUUGAACCCGCUCCAGAAGCGCGGGGCUUUCGACUCGGCCGACAAAAAAGCCGCCAGCCAGGUGCCGUUGCACGCCAAAGACAGGGCGCUUUUAAGAGACGCGGGAAUCGGCCAAAUCAACAAGUCGGAGCCCGGCGUUUCCUUUUUGAGAAGAACAGAAUACAUUGCCGAGAGGCACGCGUCCAACCGCUCGGACGAGAAGGCCCAGGCAGCGGCCAAUAUGGAAAAGGAAGUACAGCAUGACCCAGAGGCCCAAUUACGGGCUGUCGAGGAGAGUUUUGACCACGCACAAGAGAGCUUGGCCAACUUCGGCUCUUUAAAGCACCCACGCCGGAAAAACCUACGUGCCGUGGCGGCAUGGCCUCUUUUGCCCGAUACGUCUAUGAUGGACACAAAAUACUUGGCUGUGAAGUUCUCUGGCUCGGCAUCUCUCAGCAGAGAGUUGCAGACGUUGAAAAGACAACAGAAGGACAAUUACGACGAGGAGUUCCAGAAAAACGCCUUGGUCACGGCGUUGUACAAGCCCAUCACGUCCGAAGAUGGAGAAUGGGUCAGUUACUACCAGCUUCAAGAUAAGCAAGCGGCGCAAGAACUCAAGGAAAAAUUGCAAUCCACAGACAGAGAGCAGCCGCUGGAUUUGCUUGCCGAGGAGGACCUGGAUGUGUACCGGUUCCGCCACACGAAAAACUACGACAUGCAAUAUCAUCGUUCCGCCAAGUUGUACGAGGAACUUGCGCUCAAGUUUGUCUCCGAGCCGGGCUCGAGCAAGCGCAAGGCCACGUACUACUAUCCUAUUUCUGGCCGUGUGGAGUUGAAAAAGCACCGUGCGUCGACCAACACAGAAAUCAAUCGUUUCUUGGAUGAAAGCACCAUGGAUGUUAUCAACUUGAGAGUGCGUGAGCCCAACACAAACGAGUUGAAGAAGAUGGACACUAUCCGGUCCGAGUAUGAUCCGAUGGAGUACGAGGGAGAAGAUGAAGAGGAGGAAGCACAAGAAGAAGCACAAGAAGAAGCGGAAGACGAAGCGGAAGAAGGUGACGUGGCAGACGAGUUUGACAGAGCCACAGAGGCGGAAAACGCUCAAAGUUAA